AUGACAUACUGUACUCGAUGUUGGCGUUUAGGUCAUAUGAGAGAUAAAUGUGAUCUGGUACACCCUCGUUGUCGUAUCUGUCUUAAUAAUCUUAUUGAUGGUCAAACACAUGAUUGCUCGAAUGUGGUUCGUUGUGCUCAAUGUGAUGGUCACCAUCAUUCGUUAUCUAAUGAAUGUGAAAAGGUCGCAGAAUAUCGAUUCAAAUUAAAAGAACAAGUUAAUAACGCAAUAUCAACAGGCAAAUUACAUCGAUUAGUACCUCAAGAUCGUGCUCAGCCGAUGCAAUUUUAG